UCCUCAGGGCCGAGCUGGCUGGGUCGGGCAGAGUGGCCAGUGGGGCCGCCGGCGCCGGGACGCUCUCUCUCUCUCUCUCUCUCCCUCUCCCCCUCUCCGGCCUCCCAGCGGGAGGGGUUGUGGCUCUUCUCUGGGGGGGGCGGGGGUCCGCGUUGCUACGGAGACGGAGGCGCACCAGCUACUCCCGGCCCGGCGGGGCCUACCCCGAAAGGCGCGCGCGGGCUGCGGGACGGAGCGGCGCCCGGAGCGGCCCUUCCGAUGCGGAGAGAGCGAGCGGGCGGGCUCCUUCGACUCUCCGGUCUUGCGCCUGCCUGGCGCCGGCGGUUGAAGUUCCCUUAAGGCCGUGCCGAGGGCGGGGAGCGGCCGAGCCCCUGGGAGCAAGGUGUCAGCAGGUGGUCUGAAGGCUUCGCGAUGGCUUCGUCCAGGACCCAGGAGAGAGAGGAGUCCCCGGGGAAGACCUGCUGGGCGCUGGGCGUCUGCAAAGCUUCCUCCCAAAGACCCCCCACCGCCAUUUCUCCUCUUAUGGCCGUUGCUGCUGCCUUAUGACCAAUUACAACCUUCCGAAUUUUAGGUGGUAUGGUGUGAAUAUGCGUUGCUUGGCAGCUCGAGUGAACUAUAAGACUUUGAUUGUCAUCUGCAUUUUCUUCUCCUUGAUCACCAUCCUGCUGUGGAACCGGUGCACCAGUGGGAAAAUAGCACCUUUCCCGCAUGACUUGAGUGGCAGUGUGAAAGCAGAUGGAUCAGAGAAGCGAGUGGCUGCAUCAGAGAGCAGCCAGUGUGUGAACAGACCAGCUAAGCAGCAGAGUGAGGAAGCAUCGCCCCAGGAGCAGCAGAAGGCUCCCCCCAUUGUUGGGGGCUUCCAUGGGAACAAAAUCUUAGGGCUGAAAUAUGAAGAAAUUGACUGUCUAAUCAACGAUGAGCACACUAUUAAAGGCAGAAGGGAGGGGAAUGAGAUCUUUCUGCCUUUCUCAUGGGUGGAGAAGUACUUUGAGGUUUACGGGAAAACUGCCCAAUAUGAUGGCUACGACCGGUUUGAGUUCUCCCAUAGUUACUCCAAAGUGUACACCCAGAGAGCCCCCUACCAUCCAGAUGGCGUUUUUAUGUCAUUUGAGGGCUAUAAUGUGGAAGUCCGGGACAGAGUGAAGUGCAUCAGCGGUGUUGAAGGUGUGCCGCUUUCCACGCAGUGGGGACCUCAAGGCUACUUUUAUCCCAUCCAGAUUGCCCAGUACGGGCUCAGCCAUUACAGCAAAAAUCUUACGGAGAAACCUCCCCAUGUUGAAGUGUAUGAAACGGCAGAAGAGAAGGAGCAGGGCAGCCCACCAGGCAAAUGGAUGGUUCCCAAAGGCUGUUCGGUCACGACGUUGCUGGACAAAUCCCGAUUCACAAAUGUCAAGCAGUUUGUUGUUCCUGAAAACUCCGAGGGAGCCUCUCUCCAGCUGGGGAACACAAAGGACUUUGUCAUUUCCUUUGACCUUAAAUUAUUAACGAAUGGGAGCGUUUCAGUGGUUCUUGAGACAACCGAGAAGAACCAGCUGUUUACAGUGCACUACAUCUCCAAUUCUCAGUUGAUUGCUUUUAAGGACAGAGACAUUUUCUAUGGAAUUGGGGCCAGGACCAGUUGGAGCACAAUCACACGAGAUCUUGUCACUGAUUUAAGAAAGGGUGUCGGACUCUCUAACACAAAAGUGGUCAAACAGACCAAAAUUAUGCCCAAAAGAGUGGUGAGGCUGACCGUGAAGGGAAGGGGCUUCAUAGACAACAUCACUAUUUCAACCACUGCCCACAUGGCAGCCUUUUUCGCUGCCAGUGAUUGGCUGGUGAGAAACCAGGAUGAAAAGGGUGGCUGGCCAAUCAUGGUAACCCGGAAGCUAGGGGAAGGGUUUAAGUCUUUGGAUCCAGGUUGGUACUCUGCCAUGGCACAAGGACAGGCGAUUUCCACCUUGAUUAGGGCUUACCUGUUGACAAAGGACCAUGCCUUCCUCAGUUCAGCUCUGCGAGCAACAGCCCCUUACAAGCUCCUGUCAGAGCAACAUGGCGUGAGGGCUGUCUUCAUGAACAAAUACGAUUGGUACGAGGAGUACCCAACCUCGCCCAGCUCCUUCGUUUUAAACGGAUUCAUGUACUCUCUGAUUGGCCUGUAUGAUUUAAAAGAAACGGCUGGCGAGAAGCUGGGCAAAGAAGCAAAGCUGCUCUAUGACCAGGGCAUGGACUCCUUAAAGGCCAUGCUCCCCUUCUAUGACACAGGGUCAGGAACAAUCUACGACCUUCGCCACUUCAUGCUGGGCACAGCUCCCAAUUUAGCCCGGUGGGAUUAUCACACCACCCACAUCAAUCAGCUCCAGCUGCUGGGCACCAUAGAUGAGGCCCCCGUGUUUAAAGAGUUCGUCAAGCGGUGGAAGAGCUACCUGAAAGGCGGCAGAGCAAAGCACAAUUAAGCUGAGCUGAUAACCAAAACCACAUUCCUUGGUCUGCAGUGCUUAGGAGUUGCCAUCUUUAAGUAGAAAAGUGGAACUUCGGGAACUGUGUGUCUGGUGUGUGUGUGUGUGUGUGUGUGUGUGUAUGCUUUUUUAAAAAAAUGAUUUUUGUUUUCAAAGAAGUGGUCCUUAAAACCCCUUUAUAAAUCAGUUGCAUUCCAGUGGAUAAAUAGAGAUGGCACUAGAGCAGGCAUCCAAUGACUGGACUGAAUCAAAACUUGUUUACUUUCCACAGUGAUCCAUGAUGAUACUUAAUGCAGAAUAGAAUGUGUACUUCUGAUUUCCCCUCUUCUUUUCAAGAGAAAUUCAUUACAGACUCCCAAUUUUGUUGCCUGACAUUUUGCAGAAAAAUGAGAAUCCAUUUUCCUUUCCUUAAAAAGAAAAAAAGUGAGGCUUUUUUUAAAAAAAAAAUAUAGCUUUACAACAGAAUUUCCUGUUUGCUUGUAUUCUCCAGAUUGGUUGGUACGUUGAUUAAUUUUUUCCCUUUGUUGAAACACUAUCGGAAUGUUUUGGGUUCUGUAUUGAGGGAUAAACCCAACAGUGAUUUUUUGUUGUCUUUUUAAAAUCUCUUGGGGAUGAGACUUCUCCAGGCAUGUUGGUGAAGCUCCUUGAAAGCAGAGGGAGCUGUAGAAGGUGCGCCCGGUGCUUGUCCACUUCUCAUUUGCCUCUUGGGAGGUUUGCCCCAGACAUUUCUGGUGGGAUGGUAUCCAUCUGUACGUUUGAAUGUUUUGUUCUUCGAGCACAACUACAAGCAGGUUGAGUUGAUUGCACAAAUAUUGUAGCCAUUUUGACUGUGUUUCCCUUGCCUUGAUCUGCAUUCUUCCACCAAAUUUUGAUCCCGUUACUCUUUUACAUGUAACACUAUUUGGUUUUUUUGUAUGUACUGUAUAUGCAGUUUAUUUUCUUGAGAAAUUUGAACUGUUUCCUUUCAGGCUUGUAUUGAUUGAAAUACAAUGUAUAUUAUUUGGAAAAAUACUUCUCUGAUUUUGUUAGAAUGUCUGAAAUAUCACAAACGGUUGGUUGGUUGGUUUGCUUGUUUUCUUUUUGCAGCCUCUUGAUCAAGAAGUGAGUUGAAUGUUUCUAUACUUUUAAAAUUACAUAAUAUGAAUCAGAUAUUCAUAAUGACUAUGGUACUUGUUCUACAUUUUUCUUCUGCCCGGCCGAUUUUCUAAACACUGCUAGCAGUCUCUUAAACCUGACUACUUGGCAACUGUUAUUUACAUUUCUGUUCCUAAAAUUCUGCCUAAGGACACGGUGAAAAAUUUCCAUGGAUAUCUGGAAAUUGUUAUUGUGUUGCCAGAGCAGUUCUGUGAAACUUACAUGCAUCCCUGUAGAUAUUCUGAAUCGUAGAAUAACCUUCUCUAAGCAGACUGAUGGGACUUCCAUUUGCGUGACCACUUAGAAGCUCAGGAAGAAAGUGAGUUCUGUGAGUUACGCCAUCGCCCACAAAAUGCCCUUCUCACACAUGAAAUUCUUCUCAAUCUGUACCUUGCUUAUAAGUAACUUUUCUGUGUUUGGCUGUUUCUCUGUAGCUGAUAGAAAGUGAAUCUAGAAAUGAUUUAUAAGUCAUGCUAAGAAUUGGCUCAGGAGGUCAGCUUUUUUCAUAGAUGUUGAAAUGUCACUGGAUGAUAUUUUAGCUAAUCUUGACCAAAAUUCACAAUCCUGUCUAAAAGCUUGACAAGCUUCAGUUCUCAUGCAGCAAAACCAGGUGCCCUAAAAGCAUCUCAAACUUCCUAUUCCUUCCUCCCAUAUUGCAAAAUGCACAGAAACAUUAAAAGGUGUAUUUUAGUAUUUUUAAAGCUACGAACACAUUCUGAUAUUUCAUUUCUUUUCACAUAUAAUAUCAACCUCUCUGUUAAAGAGCUGUUGUGAUCUUUUGAUUUCAGAACCCUUCCCAGUGUUCAUCUUUUCUCAUGAUAACAUGCCUCAUUUCAAACUUCCACACUGAGUUAAAAAUAGUUAUCAUUUUUAGAAGUAAAUCCCCAGGUCGCAAUCAGUUAAAAUAUUUAGAGGCAAAAGAUUCUUCCCAGUAGAACUUCCAGACACUAUUUUGCUCCAAUUCCCUGAAUUAGAGAGAGAGAGAGAGAGAGAGAGAGAAACUGUGUCUGUGUGAAGGUGCAGAUCUCAGGAAUCCUGCAUGUACUGUAGUUCUUGGAGCCGAGAAUUUGGGGGGAAGAAUAUAUAGACUAGAAAGGGGAAGCUGUGAGUGUCUUAUGUAUACAGAACUAACUUAAUAUGUUUUUAUAAAGAUGGGCACAAAUGGUAACAUUUUCUGAUUGACAGGAUCAAAUAAUUGUGUUCCAGAAACUUUCCAGCAGAGCAUCUCCUAUCAUCUGUUUGGCAGCCAUCAUCCUAGUCUCUUCACUACUUUUUCACUCCUCCCACCCUUAUCUAGUUCUGUCCAGAAGAAAGCAAGCCUAUUCCUUGCACAGAGCAUUGAUUGCUGCUGGGUUAAAUAGCUGGAGAGCUGUAGACAGAACAUAGAUAAAAUCUGGAAAUGCUCACCCUUGCUGUGAUACCAAAAAAGGACAUUAUAGAAAGUUUCCCCAACAACUGAUUAUGUAUAUAAUAUCCAAGCAAUAUAUUAACUCCCCUUAUUUUUGCAGUUGAUGGCCACUUGGAUUUGAAGCAGUGUGUGCAGAUUUUUGGAUUGUACCGUUGUUGAUUUGUUAGUGCCUUAACUCUUGUAGUCAUUACGCUAAUGCAGUAAGAAUACUGUCCUUGCUCAUUCUGUGCUUCCUCAUGCAAGCAUCCUUAGGGUGUCUAGGCUUGUAGAUCUUUGACUAGGCCCAUUGGGAUAAUAUUCAAACAUGGCUUAUUGUUUGUGUGAAGGUUCGGUUGUGGCUCCUUCAGUCUUUGAUUAUCGGAGAGAAACCUAAAAUUCCCCAGGAAUGUUCAUCAGGUUGAAACAGCUGGAAGAUGACAGGGCUUCCCUUAAAAGAUCAGAGGCAGCUGUUGACAAGCUGCACUGACUAUGAGCAGGAAUCACCACGUAUGAUGGGACAGAUUCACCUUGUAUGAGGCUGUCAUCUGAAUGUGGUAUUUUCACUCUUUGCACACUAUUGAUUUGUUACACUUGUCAAUCUUUGUAAAAUCGACAACUACUUUGGUAAUGCUUGUACGAUGCAGCCAAACAUCUUUCUGCUUUGGAUUUGACCUUAUCAUCAGUGGCUUUCGUGAAUUAUGGAUGGUGGCAGUCACUGGAGGCAGCUUGUUCUCCUUGCUUAAGAAAUGUCAUGUCUGCAUUAGGCCUCUUAAUUACCGUAUACAACAAAGGGUGUAUGAUAAGGAAGUUCAGGAGACAAAGUAAAUUGUAAAAAAAGCCAGAGGAGAAGUUAUAAUUUCAAGAACAAGGAUUAUGCCUUUGUGGUCUCGGAUCUUGCAACUUUGCAUCACUGUGCAGACAAGUUUGCACUGUUUAAGGAGACAGUGGCACAAGCACAAACAUCAUCACAUGGCCAUUUCCUGUGCCAAUGAUUCACGGCAAGCAGGUUUUUCAUCCUCCUAGUUCUUGUGUGCUCCUUUUGUUUUUACUUCCUUUACAUACGUGAUUUACACAAAUAUGCAAUAAAUUGUUUACAGGAUGCCCUUUGAAGGGCAGUGAAUCCUUUGUAAAAUUGUACAGACUUUGUGGUAUAAGCACAAUGUGCACAGGCUAGUUUUCUAUAUGGCAGGAUAAUUUUUUUUUUGCAGUAGGAAUUAUCAGAUAUAUGAAAUCAACUUUGUCCUUCGUGUAAAGUUGCUUUAUAAAAUUAUAAAAUAAAGGUUUUUAAUGUCUCA